AUGUCUAUAAGCAUUAUACAUAAAUGUCUUGAUGAAAUAAAAAAAAAAAAAUUCUAUGCAGAUUUGGAAACCAAGGUUGAAACCAUCAUGUCUUUUUUGGCUCGUGCUCUUCGUCAGGCUCCACGUCUUUCUGCUUUAUCUGCACGUUUUGCAUCUGCUGCUGCUGAAUCAACACAUAAUGCCAAUGAACUUAAAUUUACUUUAGCAUCUCCAGAUACUUCAUAUUUUGAUAAAGUUAUUGUUAAACAAGUAGAUGUUCCAACUCUUGCUGGAGUUGUUGGUAUUCUUGCAACUCACGUUCCAACAUUAGGAGUAUUAAAACCUGGAGUUGUUAAAGUUACAGACAAUGAUGGAAAAGUUACAGAAUUAUUUGUCUCAUCUGGAACUCUUUCAAUGAAUAUUGAUGGAUCCUGCCAAGUUUUAGGAGAGCAAAUUGUACCAAUUACUGAGAUUGAUGAAUCUGCUGCCCGUAAAGUUUUAGAAUCAGCUCAACGUAGAUCAUCUGAAGGAAGUGAUAAAGAUAAAGCCGAAGCAAUGAUUGAAGUUGAAGUUGCUGAAGCUCUUAUUAAAGCUGUAACCGGAGGACAUUAG